AUGGACACUCCACGGUCGCCAGUGAGCAUCUCGACCGAUUCCAGUCGACGUGGUUCUUUGAAGCAGGUUCUUCCAGAGAUGCACGCCGAUUUACAGACUCCAAAUUCUCCACGAACCCGUUUGUCACGAAAGCGAGCUGCCUCGCUGAUUACUGACAAUGCAAAAGAACCAAGAAUAGGGGAUAUGCCCCGAAUAGGGGAUAUGCCUCUCAACAGCGCCAACACCAGCGGACCUCCAACUUCGGACCUAACAAGAGAGCAAGUGUGUCUUUGUCAACCAGACCCCAAGAUACCUAGACCUCGAAACGCUUUCAUCCUUUACCGCCAGCAUCACCAGGCCCAGGUUGUCUCCCAGAAUCCUCGACUUGCAAACCCCGAGAUAUCCAAAAUCAUUGGCGAACAGUGGAGAGAUCAAGCACCUGAAGUAAAGAGUGACUGGAAGAGACUUGCAGAAGAAGAAAAGCAACGCCACCAGAGAAAGUAUCCAGGCUAUAGGUACCAGCCUCGUCGAGCGGGUAAGUUGAACGGUUUGCGCUCGACUUCUAUAUCGGGUGACGAUCCAACACGCUGCCCAAAGUGCAACGGCAGGUACAUAUCAACUCCAAGUACCCCUUUAACACCAUUCACACCAGCCUUUUCCGCAGCUUCAAUGACCGAGCGCGUAUUACCUCCUUUUACUUCCUCCCACACCCGAAUCGAAAGACAACCCUACGCAAGCCCAAUGCAAAACAGGAUGGAUACACCUCGCGUCAUGUCCCAUCAACAGACUUUCCACGGACCACAGUACUUGCCUUCACCUGAACUUCUUCGAAAACGUAAGGAACGAGACGAGGACAUGUAUAUACAUAGUUCACCUCCAGGUCAGAAAAAGUACAGGGGAGUAGGAUACGUAGCGAGCUCUGCUAUACCUGCUUGGUCCCCCUAUCAUGAUGGCUUUCCAGCAAAUCCAGCAAUUUACGGACAACCUGUUCCCGGGCCUGGCAUGCCUCCUCGUCGUGAAUCAAUACAUCGACCCAUGGGACCUCCCUCCUGCUCCCCCUCAGUUAAGCAUCCACGCCAUCAAGACUUAAUUCGCUCAAACAACUCCGACGAAUCACUCCAUCUGCCUCCCCUCCUGACCCAAACGGGCUUUAUUGCUAAAUCUCAGCAGACGGACUCUAGGACGGAAGCUCGGUUGAUCCAUGCUAAGAGCGUUGAAGCUAUGGUCAUGACAAUGCCGUACGUCGGCAAGAUCCAAGUCCUCACGAGGGUAUCUCCUCCUCUUGCACCUCCAGGUCCUACAAGUCCAGCUCAAGAGAUUCGUGGCGCUGUCGUCGCAGUUGAGGGUACUGAUAAGGCUUUGCUGACUGAGAUUGGCACUUUCAUCCAUGAGUAUCUCAGCAAAGACUUAUCCUGUGCCAUCGCAACCUGGGCUACAUCAGAUCAAAAGCAAAAGGAAACCAACCCAGAGAUGACUGGCGCUCCAAACUCUGCCGACGGGCAAGAAAGAGAUCCGUUCAUCGACUACCUGUCUAUCAUUUCAGAAUGGCACAAGAAAUCCCAAGAAAUAAUCAAAUACAUCACCACCACCCCUACUCCGCCAUCGAAAGAGCUGAUACCUCCAUCCGAACUCAAGACUAAAAUCCUCCCUGUCGCUCUCGUACCAGGCGGUUUCUCCUUGAGCACAUCCGACACCUUUGCCCUCCGCAUACCCAUCAAUGAUUCUUACUCUCCAGUCGACCACUGGCAAUGGACGGCGACACUGUGGCGUGGUAUUGUGGGUCCAGAUCUCACCAUCUAUGUUAGCCGAGUAGGUCGCGAUGAGUUGAGCAAAUACGGAGAGGUUCAAAUCCUUCGAGAAUGCCCUUGUAUCAUCGUACGAAUACCCGACGGAAAUACCAAGAUGGAUGACAAGACCGCUAGGAGGUUGGGCUUUGAAGUUGUGGAGUUUGUAAGGAAUAUGGAGACAGGGUUCGGACGGACAUGA